CCAAGCCGGCGGGGAGAGGGGGCGAGGGCCGGUGCAUGUGGCGGCCGCAUCGCCUUUGUCCCCAGGCGGGCGAGGUGCGGGCCCGUGUGGGCAUUGUACAGCCCACCGGCGGGCUGGGCCGGAACAUGUGCAUCUGCAGCAGGCACCUGGCAGGGAGCCGCAGCGCCGGGGAUGUGAACCAGGCGGGGAGGAAGGCCCUUGACUCAUCAGUUAAAUCCAGCCCCGCACGGAGAGGGGAGGCGGAGGAGGCGAGGCGGCGGCGCUGCUGCUGCUACUACUAGCAGGGGGAGGAUGGCGGGGGACAGCGAGCAGAGGCUGGAGGAGCACGGGCAGCCCAGCGGCGGGGAACCGUUCCUCAUCGGGGUCAGCGGCGGCACAGCCAGCGGCAAGUCCUCAGUAUGCUCCAAGAUUGUCCAGCUGCUGGGCCAGAACGAGGUGGACUACCGUCAGAAGCAGGUGGUGAUCGUGAGCCAAGACAGCUUCUACCGGGUCCUCACCUCAGAGCAGAAAUCCAAAGCGCUCAAAGGCCAGUUCAAUUUUGACCACCCAGAUGCCUUUGACAACGAGCUGAUUGUGAAAACCCUCAAAGAGAUCACGGAAGGGAAGACGGUCCAGAUUCCUGUCUAUGACUUUGUGUCCCACUCCAGGAAAGAGGAGACGGUGACUGUCUACCCUGCUGAUGUGGUACUCUUCGAAGGCAUCCUGGCCUUCUACAGCCAGGAGGUGCGGGAUCUCUUCCGCAUGAAGCUCUUCGUGGACACGGACGCAGACACCCGGCUGUCCCGCAGAGUGCUACGAGACAUCAGUGAGCGAGGCAGGGACCUCGAGCAGAUCUUAUCUCAGUAUAUCACCUUUGUCAAGCCUGCCUUCGAGGAGUUCUGUUUGCCAACCAAGAAGUAUGCUGACGUGAUCAUUCCCAGAGGAGCAGAUAAUGAAGUGGCCAUAAAUCUGAUAGUGCAGCACAUCCAGGACAUUCUUAACGGAGGACUCAGCAAACGCCAGAGCAACGGCUACCUGAAUGGCUACACUCCUCCCCGCCAGCGGCAGCCCUCAGAGUCCAGCAGCCGGCCUCACUGACCCUGGGCGGCAGGCAUGCGGCUGGGGGCGGAGGGUGCUCGGGCCCUGCCACUGCCCCUCUGUACAUACUGUCCGUUCAUUCCCCCCUUAUCUAUUUAAGAAACCAGACGGAGACGAAUGCCUUUAAUUUUGUAUGUUGGAAAUGCUGAAUGAGAAGCAGCCGGCUGCUCGGGAGCCUGGACCGCCCACAGCUCCUGGCCUUUCUCAAUAACUCCUCCAGCACGGAACCGGCUAUAAAUCUCUAUAAAUAUAGAAUUGCUCUAUUUUUGUGUAAAUGCAGAAUAACGUAAAAUUACUUGCCAUAAGGUA